UGUUCUGCGCAUGCGUAGUUUCAGGACAAGCACGUUUUGUCAGUCGCGUUGAGUCAAGCACUUAUCAACAGGCAAGUUUAUUAUUACAGACUUUUAUAAAAAAUAAAAAAGGUUAAAGUGGAUUCAGCAGCAACACGUUGACGCAGUUGGACACCCGACGCUUGUAGCCAAAUAGAAUGCGGCGCGCAGACAUACAGGACGAACCUGCGACUUAUGAGCGACUUGUGUACAAAAACACAUCCGUUUACCACUAUAUGAGGAUCUCCCUAGUGUUGGAGAAUGAAAGCACCAGACUCAGUGCAGCCCAACUGAAGCAGCUCAUCGUCUCUGGCCUCAGGGACCUGUAUGGAGAGGUUGGAGGUGCCUUCCCUUUUGAUCUGUUGAAGUUUGAUGAGAGCACACUAACAGGCGUGCUCCGUGUGUACAACAGUGGUCUGGUGAAGUUGUGGAGUGCCCUGACACUGUUGGGAUUCUAUCAGAAUGAACUGUGCUUUUUCAGAGUUACUCAGGUAUCACCUUUCCUGUUAACUCUGUCUGGGAAUAGUCGUGAGCUGGAGCUGGACUGAGCAAAGCUGUUGGUUCUUGAAUCAACACAGUGACCCAUAACACUGUGAAGACAAAACAAUACCUAGAAUGAACUUCAUUUUCAG